CCACGGUCAGAGCAAUAUGGCCACAGUGGGACAGAUUAUAGAUAUUCAGUGGAAACUGGGAAUGGCAGUGAGCUCUGACAGCUGCAGGUCUCUUAAGUAUCCUUACGUUACAAUGACACUAAAAGUGGCAGCCGUGGGCCAGAUAAUGAGCAGAUCUUUUGAAUUGACAAUCCCACAGUUCCAGGACUUCUUCAGACAUUUCAAGGAAAUGGCAGCUGUUCUUGAAACAGUUUGAGCAAAACUGUUUAAACACUUCAAAGACACACUUUACUUGAUCCAAAUAAGCCUUCCUAUCUUGCACAAGUAAUUAAGUGUCAAUGUUUAAGUAAGGUAUGUAUUCUCAUGGUCCUGUCAAGAAUAUUUUUCAAUAUCUUCCUUUUUUUUGGAUCACACUGAAAGCUUUUUUUAUUUAUGUAACUUUUCUUCUAAAUAUAUGAAAGAACAAACUCUU